AUGUUUGGAAUCUUUGCGGAUUUGAUCUCCUCGGUCAUCACGAUCUUCUUCCCCGUUUUCGCUUCCUACAAAGCUCUCCGUUCCUCUGACCCCUCACAACUCGCACCAUGGCUGAUGUACUGGGUGGUGCUUUCAAUCAUUCUACUGAUUGAAUCCUGGACAGUUUUUAUCAUAGGAUGGUUCCCAUUCUACAGCUGGAUACGCCUCGGUUUCAUGGCUUAUCUCGUCCUCCCCCAGACGCAAGGGGCUCGCUUAUUGUACCAAGACUAUGUGGAUCCGUUCUUGACACACCAUGAGCGGGGGAUCGAAGAGAUGAUCGGCCAAACUCAUGAGCGGGCCAAGGCACUGGGUCUUCAAUACUUCUACCAAGCCAUCGAUUUCAUCCGAGAGAAAGUCUUGGGUCUACCCCCGCAGCGCCCCGCCACGCCUCCUCAGCCAAGUGCCGCCUCCUACGCGCAGUCCCUGCUAUCGCGCUUCAACAUCCCCGUUGCUGGUGGAGCAUCCGGGACGCCUGCCAACGCAAAUGAUUGGUAUUCUGUGCUCAGUGCUGCCGUGGGCUCAGUUGCAUCUGGAAAGUCUCGAGAAGUGCGGGACAAGGAGCUUUCAGCCAGUGGCAAUCUCCUCCAACGCCAGAUGCAGUCUAUGUCUGGAGCCGAGAAGGCUCACUUCAUUUCCUCGCAGCGAGAGCUGCUAGAUCACCUCCGGUCAACCCUAGCAGAAGAGGAACAGAGCCACACUCAGGGUGGGCUCGAGGCUAAUGAUCUUGCCUACGGUGUGCCCCUACGCAAGAAUCGCAGUGAAAACUCCUUCGAGGUGGUUGAUGAUGAGGACGUAAAACGUCGCCCGGAACGAAAGACUAGUGGUGGAUGGGCAUCUGGUUGGUUCAACAACGAGCAAGAUUCUUCUGGCUCGUCUGGUACUGACUUUGCGGCGCGGGCUGUCGAUGAGAUUGCUCGGUCGCGCGCAACUGGGUACGAUCGAUCUUGA